GGAGAACUGAAACCUAGUUCUCUAGCUCCGAACCAACCCGGAGAACUUAAACAUUUCCAGGAAAAUGACGAAGUCGAAGAACAGAACCUAGAUUAAGCUAGAUGUCCAAGUCCAAACUGAAACCUAUCUAGAUAAACUGAGUUCUCCAACUCCUAGCUGGGUGUCGGAGAACUAAAACCUUCGUAUCAACUCGGAACCGAAUCAACAAACCAAAAACUGUCCAGAUCCGAUUUUUCUUUCACUCCGGAGAAUUGAAAUUAUCUCCAGAUUAAUCAAGAAAAAAUGUGAAUCAAUAAAGGUCCUUUAGGUUGAGGAUGUCGAAAGAAAAAGAAACUGACGGAGGAUUGAUAGGAGAAAAUAUUCAUCAUGGCAGACCUAAGGAUGAGGAGCCCCACGUGAAACGUUCAACUAAGAAGAAAAAGGAGAUAGUAGAAUAUCUGGUUCGGGUAGACCUGGAUAAACUUGGGAUAGAUGAUCUACAGUUCGAGGAAAUGAAGGAACUGUUUAAGAUGUUUGAUAUAGACAGAGAUGGAGUUCUUACAUUUAAAGAGUUUGAGAGAUUGACUGGAGUUCUUGGAAGAACAGGUUCCGAGGAAAAAGCCAGAAAAUUUGCUCAGUCCAUCUCGGUGGACCAGACGGAGUGCAGCGUCUCCUUCACGGAGUACCUCAACAUGAUGGCGAACCAGAGGAAUGACGAACCCUCUCCGGAGUCUCUUCUCGAUGCUUUCGAAAUAUUUGACAAGGGAGGGUUGGGACGGAUCUCCGAAGCUCAUUUCAGGAGAAUAAUGAAAUGCAAGCUGGGAGAGGAUGUUGCAGAGUUAGAUGAGAUGUUGGACGAAUACAGACGAGUUCACUCUCCUUCUGUACCAUCUACCCCUGAGCAGGAUAAGUAUAUCGACUACAGGAAGUUUGUGCAGAUGCUCCAGGAGUAAAACUAUUCCAGAGGGUUUAACAAAGGAUUCUAUGGAUCUAGUGCUAUACGGAGUAAAGAUUGGUCUAACAUGAAACCUGUAUUGAGGAUUGUCUUGUUUUGUUUUAAGAGAUUUUAAAUCUUCAUUAAAUAAAAAUUGUUGCAACUUUUU